CACAGAUUGAAGUUGAUGCUUCCUCAGUGAAGGAAACUAUUGAUGUUACGAUGAGCGAUCUGUGGAGUUGUUGGACUCUACAGAAGAUUCGAUGAUUCUUCGGAGCGAGACCAGAUGAGAUCCGCGAGCACUGGACCCAUCCUGAGAUGUGCAGCUGACCUCUGACCCUCGUACCAUGGACGUCCGUCUGCAGGCCAACCCUCAGCUCCACUACACAGUCAACGGGGGGGCCGGCCGAAACCCCAGGCUUGGUGAAGACAAUGCUCUGCAGUUUCUGAGCCAAGAGGAGCAGGAGUGCAUCCAGUUCUUCGAGGACACCAUCGACUCUUUGGAGGAGGGUCUGAGCGAGGACGACCAGAGGUCCGGGCAGAUGAAGCCUGCCGCAAGCAGCAGCGGUCCUGUCGAAGAGAUGGACAGAUGCCUAACCUCGAGCCCCAAACCUGCAGUCACUGUGUCUUCCCUCGUGGCCAGACCUCUCAGUCCCAAAGACCAGGAUAUUAUAGACCUGGUCCGCCCAGAACCGGACUUGGUGAUGACGAAAGAGCCAAUCUUUAAUCCCACCACUCCAGAUUUUCAGAGUAUGUUGCCGACCCCUGAAAGCCACUUCGAGAUAAAGCCGUGGCGUGAUUCGAUGGACAGCUUGCCUUCAGAGUACAACCCUCCCUUACCAAGUGGCAGCUAUGGGCCGACAGACAGCCACUCCUCCUACCACCCUCCAGGCUGUAUUCCCACUCCGGUUCUGAUUGCCCAGAAGAUAGCUGAGAACCAGGCAGGUGGAACCUCCACUUUGCUUCCCUCCUCACUCCUCCACCGCCGCAGCCUCGACUAUGAAAACCCACCGAGCUACAGCGCAGAUCCUCCCGUGAAACAGGGUCCUCCUACCUCUGCUAAGCCGCCCCGCUUCCCUGCUAACAUCAGCAUGAUACUCAGCAGCAAGGAGCAUCAGAACCAGUCUCUGGCUAAUGUGAACAUCCACGAGAGACGGGCACAAAUGCUGGCAAACCUCACAGGGACAACCCACCCUCUGCUGCAGGAAGAUCCUCAGCAGGCUGUGGAGCAGAAGGCUCGAAAUAUUCCCACUCGCAGCAUUUCCUUCAGGGACCCAACACCCGACAAAUCCAGGAUGGAGGCCUUGUCUAAGUUGGGCCUAAACAGGAACCGAGCCAUGUCUGGGUGUACGUCGCUCCUUCCUAACAGUACCAUGCUGGAUGCUCUUGCGGGUGCAGAAACCAGUGCCAAACCUCUUGAAGCCAGUGUUCCCCCAACAACAGAAACCAGCACCAAAUUGCCAGAAGCCAAUGUUACAACAUCACCUCUGAGCCAGAGUCACAGCGACAAAAAAGCAGAGAUUCUGCGGACAAAUUCCCUCAGGAGCCAGGAACACAGAAACCCCCAACCGAGCCCCUCACCUCCAGCAGUGACACAAAGCAGUUACCACCCGCCUCCUUUGGAAAACAAGGCAUCUGUCCCCCCUCCACCUGAGCUCACCUUGCUGGAAUUUAACAGCUACGGAGGGAAAUCCAUCGUGGUCAACCGCUCUCUUUCCUCCAGGAGCGAACCUGAAACCCAUCCAACCAGCCAUGAAUCCAAAAUCCUCCCACCUGCACUGGCUAACCCCAGCGAGUUCAACACCUACGGGGGAAAGACCAAAGUUAUGACCCCUGUUUCCGUAACCGUGACCAGGAACGACCUUCCUGACAUCCUCAGCUCCCAUAUUGACAAGAGUCAAACCUUGCCCGCCAAAUCAGAGCCGCUGCCCAUUGAACUUAACAGUUAUGGAGGAAAGAGCCGGACCAUCAACCCUUCCGUCGGGUUAAAUCGCCCUUCAGAAAGCUCAGCAAAGAGUUUCAAAGCUCCGGUGCCAACCCCGGCCCCAAGACCUCCUCGUCACUCCUACCAUGGCGCCAUUACUCCCCCGAAAGCAGCACAACGAGCCUUGUCCCCUGAUCAUAAGCGGAAGUCUGCCUCCAUGUUUCGUCCCCAGGGCAUCACCGUGCAGUUUUCUGGACGAGGGGCGACGAACGAAUCACGCAGGGAGGCGCUGAAGAAACUGGGGCUGCUGAAAGACUCUUGAAAAACUUUGUCGAACCUGAAUCUCUGGUGCGUACCUGCUGGUGUGGGUGGUAUGCUGGAAGUUUCUCCAUGUGUAGCUGAGCUCGAGGCGUGGUUGGAGAGAGGCAUACUUUUACAGAGGAAUGAGGCCGGAUCCUGUGAUAGACCUGCACAGCCAGUUCUCAAUUCCUCCAUAAAGAAAAACUGACAAACAAGUAUGGCACUGUGCAGCUGCUGCACACUCAACACUGUUUUGACGACAAAAGUCUUAACAGAUUUUGCCUCUGACCCAAGACAUCAUAUACCUCUUUUGGGACAAUCUGAUGCUGUAAAGAGAAACAUCACAAAAGAGGCUGAUUGUGAACAGCUAGAUUUAUUUUAAAACUGGGCCCCACUUCUGAAAAACAUCUUAUUGUCAACAGACCCAACGAAAAGACCUGAAACCGACAACGUGUUAGUGUGAGGCACUCAGCUCCAAGCCACGAAUGAACCAAUUAUACUGAGGAUGUAAAUCCUACAAAAGAAAAAAACAACUCAAAAAAUUCCUUAUUCAUUUCCUUAAAGAACUGGGGACUGUAGUUUUUAAAAAAACGUCACUCUGACUGGAGGAAAUAGUGCAUUUGUUAUGGGACUUUGCCUUAAGAUGCUCUUUGGAAAGGGGCCCAUAAUAUAAGUUUUAUAUAAUAUUUUUAUGUCAACAAUAAGGCUGGAUCCUCAGUUGGGCAAAGCUGGCAUUUGUUUUUUUUUUGAGGCUUUAUGUUGUUUCAAAAUCUAGUUUUAAUACCAUUAUUACAUCAGAUUUUAAUUGAAUUUGUUCUUAAUGAAAGUCACAGAAACUAACUGACACCCUGCAAACUUGGGGCAUGUUUGUAGUCCAGAAUAGGAUUGUUAAUGGGGGGCUCUGGGGAAUGUAUGGCAUAUAUAUAUAUGAUGAGGGAAACCAGGGAGGCACAGAGCUCAGUUUAGCUGCAGGGUUAGCAGGUUAUUCAGGCUGCAAAUUGUAUUUUACGUCGUUAAAAAUUAGAAAAGAAAAAAAAAGAAAAUUGAAAACAACAAACCCUCACCACAUACUCAGAAAACACCUCCUGACUAUUGUUUAAGUAUAUCUUUUGUUUUACGGUGUCACCUCCCCUCUCAUAAGUGAAAUUAUUUUUCAUACCCAGGCUGUGAAGUGUUUAUCACCUCUGUUACAUGGGAACCUUCUUCUCUGUUUUCACUGGUUUUUGGGCAUUUUUAGUCAGCAGGGAGUGUGGGUCUUUU